AUGCGGGAUGACAACUGCUCCACCCAGCUGAAUCUUAGGAUCUUUAAUAUCAGUAAUGGGAAACAGAAGAAGUUGUAUAAAGGCUCUCAGGGUGAAGACGGGACUCUCAUUAAGGUGCAGAUUGACCCAUCAGGUCUCUACAUCGCUGCCUCCUGUUCAGAUAAGAACAUUAGUAUAUUCGACUUCUACUCUGGAGAAUGUGUGGCCACGAUGUUCGGACACUCCGAGAUAGUAACAGGUGUGAGGUUCAGCAGUGACUGCAGACAUCUGAUCACAGUGUCUGGAGACAGCUGUAUCUUCGUGUGGCGUCUCAGUCCAGAAUUGACCAUCAGGAUGAGGCAGCGACUCGCUGACCUCCAUCCUCCCAGCAGUGCUCAGAACUCCCAGAAUGCACCUCAACAAAAAGUAGUAACCCUCAGCAGCAGCGAGGCCCCUCGAGUCGUCACCAUGUCAUCUGACAGUGACAAGGAAGAGGAAGAGGAGGAGGAAGAUUGCUUUAAGUGA